AUGUCGUUAACAAACUGCCGUUACUAUGAGGAGAAGUACCCGGAGAUUGACAGCUUUGUCAUGGUCAAUGUCAAGCAGAUCGCCGAAAUGGGUGCUUACGUCAAGCUCCUCGAAUACGAUGAAAUCGACGGCAUGAUUCUUCUUUCCGAACUCUCGCGUAGACGUAUCCGAAGUAUCCAGAAGCUCAUUAGAGUCGGGCGUAACGAAGUUGUCGUCGUUCUCAGAGUCGACAAGGAGAAGGGUUACAUUGAUUUGUCGAAACGCCGUGUGUCCCCCGAGGAUGUCAUCAAGUGCGAGGAGCGCUACAACAAGAGCAAGAUGGUUCACUCCAUCAUGCGCCACGUUGCCGAGAAGACCAACGUCCCCAUCGAGUCCCUGUACGAGAGCAUAGCAUGGCCCUUGAACCGCAAGUACGGCCACGCCAUUGAUGCUUUCAAGCUGUCCAUCACUAAGCCCGAGGUCUGGAACGACGUCACCUUCUCCAGCGAACCUGUCGCCGAGGAGCUCAAGACGUACAUUAGCAAGCGUCUUACUCCCCAGCCCACCAAGGUCCGUGCCGAUAUUGAGGUCACCUGCUUCGGCUACGAGGGCAUCGACGCCGUCAAGACUGCCCUGCGCACCGCCGAGGCCAAGAACACAGAGGACACCCAGGUCAAGGUCAAGCUGGUGUCUCCUCCUCUGUACGUCCUUACCAGCACCUGCCUGGACAAGGCUGAGGGUAUCACCCGCCUCGAGGAGGCCAUUGUCGACAUCCGCACAGCCAUCGAGGCCUCCAACGGCCACCUGACAGUCAAGAUGGAGCCCAAGGCCGUCACCGAGAGUGAUGAUGCCGAGCUCCAGGCCCUCAUGGAAAAGAGAGAGCGUGAGAACCAGGAAGUCAGCGGUGAUGAGAGUCAGAGUGAGAGUGACGACAAUAUCGAUGUCUAA